AUUCGUGGCACCGUGACACACGCAGAAGACGAAGAAGAAGAAGAAGAAGAAGGGGAAGAAACAUGGAGAAGAUGAAUGUUUGAUCCGUGUGGCAGUCUGGUGUGAAAGGAAGAGCCUCGAACAGCAGCCGGUUUCAUCAGAGCCGAGCUGAGCUGGAGACGGUGCCGUUACAGGAUUGCUCAACGGUUGUGUCACCAGGAGGCUGGACUGUUGGAGCUCGGGGCUCAACAUCACCGGAGCUCUCUCUCUCUCUCUCUCUCUCUCUCUCUCUCUCCCUCGGGGUGUGAGGCGGUCUCUCCUUCUCUCCUCUGUCUCCCUCCCUCUCCCUCCCUCUCUCAGUCGGAGGGCUCUGGGGGAUCCGGAUUUUCUCACCAGCAGUACGCAGACCUCGGAGCCGCGCGCAAUCGCUCUCCAAGCGGACGCGGAUUGGAUUACUACCAGAAGAGAGACGGGGGAAGAGCAGAAACAAGCCCGCAGCGUCGCUGAAUCCGCGCAACUUCCAUCUACAGCAGUGAGUCUCACGCGGAGCAAUGGAGCGCACUAUGUGACCGGACCCCCUGAGCAGUCGGAGGACACGUCCCAAGCCAAGUCGGGGUCUCGUCGGCGGCGGCGAUGGUGAAUCGGUCGAUCAGGAUGAACUUGCAGCGGGGCAGCCCGGCGCCCUGCGUCCGCGCCGCGAGAGUCGCGCACAAGCGGCUGGACGCGGACGAGCAGCCGCCGGCGAAAUGCGCCCGGCUGAGCGCCGAGGCGGGGGACACGCAGGGGCUCCUGGGCGCCUCGCCCGGGGCCCCGGGCAGCCCCGUCCCGCGGCCCCCCUCGGCGACCCACCAGGGCCCGUCCAGGAUAGGAGCGUUCCUGCUCCUGCCUCUGGCGGACCGGGAGAACGUGCACAGCGCGAUGAACACCGACACCGGCGACGAGGUGCUGUGCAAGGUCUUUGAUAUGGGGCUGUACCAGGAGAAGAUCAGAGCCUACGGGAUACUGCCCGCCCACAAGAAUGUGGCCGGCAUCAGGGACAUCAUCCUUGGCGAAUGCAAGGCCUACGUGUUCCUGGACAAAGACUUUGGGGACAUGCACACUUUGGUGAAGAGCUGUCGCAGGCUUGACGAGGAGCACGCCUGCAGGCUCUUCCGUCAGGUGGCCCUGGCUGUGGCGCACUGCCAUCAGGCUGGGAUCGUGCUGGGGGACCUCAAACUGCGCAAGUUUGUCUUCACCGACGAGAAAAGGACACAGGUGAGACUAGAAAGCCUCGAGGACUGCCGCGUCCUGGAAGACCCAAGAAACGACUCCAUGUCAGACACCCACGGCUGCCCCGCGUACGUCAGCCCAGAAAUCCUCAGCGGCUCCGCGCCUUACUCCGGCAAGAUGGCUGACAUGUGGAGCCUGGGAGUCAUGCUGUACACCAUGCUGGUCGGCCGCUACCCCUUCCACGACCCGGACCCGGCCACGCUGUUUUCCAAAAUCCGCAGAGGCCAGUGCUGUUUGCCAGAGGGCCUGUCGCCCAAGGCCAAGUGUCUGCUCCAGAGCCUUCUGAGGAAAGAACCCUGGGAGAGACUCACAGCGACUGAGCUGCUCGCUCAUCCGUGGUUCCAUCAGCCACCGUCGUCACUGGAAGUGGCACUGGGAGAACAGGAAGUGAGCUCGGCGGAACAGACGGUGCCCUCCUUCGACGUGGAAGAGGACCACGAUCUGUUCUGCUGAUGGACUUGAUUCAGCAGAGUCAGGCUGAAGGACCAAAACCAAAAUUGCUAUGAGGGAUUCAUUGUUGUUGUUUUUUAUAUUGGCACUUUUUAGAAAGUCAUAUGUCUACUGUUGUGUGUACAUACACCCUCAAGCUUUCUACUGUACUGUAUUUUGUCGUCGUAUAUGUGUUACUUGCUAAGGGCAUUGCUCACAAUGAUCAUUCAUUGUGUUUCUGUAUGUGUGUUUUUGAAAUUAUUUGUGGUGCUAAAAGAAAUAACAAGGAAUCAAAACUUGCCAGAUUAUUUUAACAAAAAUAAUCACUGCAGGCUAAUACGAGUGGAUUACAGGAAUUUAACUCUGGCAAACAGCGGUCACCAAUGCCCGGACUCCAGAUAGCAUUAGAUUAAUCCUGAAGGGCAGUGGAGGGGAUCAGGAUGUUGUUCCUCUCACUCUCUGACCAGCCUGGAGGCUUCACAGACUGACUCACCGGACCGGCUCGAGGAAGGCCUCGCACAAGCUUCGGCCUCGCACAGCGGGCAGUGACACACGGACUGAGAGCGACGCUUAGCAGUGGACUGAUGUGUCACACUCAGCGGGACGCCACGAAAGUGUCUCGCUGCCAAUCUGGCAACCCCUCGGCAAGUGGAGAGCAUUUACAAAUCUCACACCAGGCGCAGAGGGUGGAGAAUGGCAGGGUGUUACUGGUGCAAGACUUGCGGGAAAAGUGGGACGUGUUUGUCACACACACACACGUACACACACACACACACACACACACACUCAUGCUCAAAAAAUAUAGCAGUGAUACUAGGCCAACAUUUAAUCAUUUAAAAAAAAAAUCAAAGCAUGCUCCAUGCUGAAUAUUUAACAUAAAGGUUAAAUAUUCGGGAAGUGUCUUAUCACCAUGGUCAGACCUUCCGAAUUAGACGAUGAUCAAUUUGUGCGGCCCUGCUGAAAACUUAACACUAAUGCUUCUGGUUUGAAAAAAGAACGCAGGGAUGCAGGGAUUAAAAUCUUUUAAAGAGUCUGUCACCUGCCUUAGCCGCAACAGAGGCAGGAGACUGUUGUCGGAGCUGUUGAAAUGGUACUUCCCACACAUACAAUCUGCCUUCCCUCUCUGUCCAACAAUACUUGCUUUUUUUCUUUUUUUUUUAAAGAAUAUCCACCAAAUCAGAGAGAAACAUAUAACAGGAAAAAAAACGAAGACGCUCUCAGUCGAGCGUUUGGACGUGUUCUGUGCAUUUCCGUUGGAGCUCUGUGUUGCUCAAACAGAGCCGGGCUGUUCUGAGUGUUGUGCCUGUAUCACUGUGUUUCAUAAACUGAACGGCUCUGAAUCAGUCACAGUCAGGCGACGUUUGAUGUCGGUUGUCUGACGAUGACUCAACACUUGAGCGCGUCUGUAGAGAAUGGUCCUGACCUCGGCACGAAGAAUCUGCCCCGACUGUUUCAGCUCUUUAAUGGUACUUUCCCCCCCCCCUCCCCUCCGUUUCCUUUUUAUCAUUUUAUUCUUUGGCUGUUGGAAGCUGUGGAUGCAUGGAGACUAGUUAUCAUAGUUAGUGAAAUGAUGUACCACGCUCUAAAUGAUGUGUUAUCUUUGAUGGUGACGGACGGACGCAGCGCUUCAGUGACGUUUAGCCUCACAGCCUACUGUAGGUCUGCAGCCAGCUAUUUCAAAUUGGGUACAAUGAUCUUGACAACUGUACCAAAUCUGGCAUAUCCGAGAAGCGCUUUGCAUUUAAUGUUUUGGUCAAGCAGCCGGCAAGUGCAACGUAUGUUGCAGUUCUUUCAUUAUUUUCUCUCAUCUGCAUGAGAUACCUGGUGGGGAACAGACUCGUGACAAUCAGGGGUUCUUUUCUUGCAGAGAAGUAAAUUAAGAGGUUUAGGAUUUUUGGUUCGGCUGACGCAUGUAGAGUGAGUCACACGUUCAUGUGACAUGUAGAGUGAACGGACACGGGUGCACAAACUUCAUAUUGCACUGUGAAUUAUGUAAUUGUGACAGAACCUGGAGACUUUUAUUGGUCCAAACGGGUUACACAAAAGAGUUAUAUUCAUUGUAUAAAAAGAUGUAAAUAUGUACUGUAUAUUUGAAACGUGUGGAGAUGUUGAAUAAAGAUCACAUUUUUUUCAUUUUCA